GACAUGGGAAGGUGUCUUCCGCCAGCUCAGGUCUCUGGGGGAGAGUUCCAGGCAUUCCCGAGGAACUUGGGGAAGAACACCUGUUUCCCCCAACAAGGCAGAGGCCUGUCCAGUUGCCCUAACAGCAGCCACAUUGUGAGGUGGUUCUUGUUACAGGCACUGGGGAUGGGAUGCGAGGUGACAGAGGCAAUGGGGGCAGUGGCAGCUCACUGGGCUCUCCCGCCCCCACUGCGUGCCCAGGGCCUUCCACCCUUCCACCAUCAUGGGCAGUGCCUACCACUGGGAGGCCCGGCGUCGACAGAUGGCUUUGGACCGAAAGAGGUGGUUGCUGACCCAGCAAGAGCAGCAGCAGCAGCACCAAGAGCAGGUGCAGCUGGAACGUCAACCUGAGAAAAAGCGUGAGCCACAUCAGGAGUCGAAGAAGCCACAGCCGCCACCAGCACAGUCACACUCACCAACGGCACCAUUGCAGUCACAGCCGCCACCCCAGCCAGCGCCACAGCAAGCGCAGCAGCCAGCGCAGCAAAGCACCCAAGACCCUCUGGCUCAGUGCACCCUCAAGCCUAACCUCCAAAAGGAUGCCCAGAGGCCAGGCGCCCAGCUUGCUGCUGCAGAGACCCAUCAGGCUGGAGGUCUCCUAAAUCCAUGCCAGUGCAGGCCUCCCAAGCACAACGAGUAUUCUCGACUCACGAUUUAG